AUGAUGAGAUACGAUGAUGAUGAUCAACGCGGCGAGCGUUCGCUGAGUGAGAUUCUUAUGGCGAGGUUGCGUGCCGCUCAUGGUGAUGAGGAAACAAGAGCGAGACGCGGAGUCGAAGAAGAAGAAAGAAACCGAUUCUUGAUCGACACGAUACUAAGUGUAGCGGCGGACUCUUUCUUCGGAAAGCGAGAGACGACUGAUGAGUCCGAUAGUCAACAAAACCCUAACCGCCGCGAUGCUUCUUCUUCUUCAAGUAAGUCCGACGAUGAACCGGUAAAGCCAUCGGUUUCGGUCAAAGGAAAGUCGGUUAAGGGUUUGAAGAAGAAGGGAAAGGUCCUCCGGGGAUCGGGCUCCUCUCACGGGAAUGCGUAUGAGAACAUGGAGGUGGAUGAUCCAUAUGUAGCGACGGAAGCUGUCUUGGGAAAAAGAAAACGAAAGACUGAUGAAUACGAGAGUCAACAAAACCAAGAUGCUUCUUCCUCCGUGGAGCCGGUCAGAAUAGAGAGGGCGGCGAUGCCGGAAUGGGUGGUUGACCGGAUGAGAAAAGAGAACGCUACGGAUGCGAAGCUGAUCACGGAGAAGAGUCUUACGGUGACUGAUCUCAAUACACAACAAGCUCGUCUCUUGAUUCCAUUCAACCAAAUGGAGGAGAUGGACUUGCUGAACGAGGCAGAGCAAACCAUCAUAGAGCAACAUCUCAGAAAGACACGUAGAGACGGAGUCCCUGUGAACUUGGUGGAUCAAAAGGGUAACCAGUGGAAGCUUAACCUCAAGAGGUGGGACAUGAAGGCCAGUUGCAAUUACGUCUUGAAUUCUGGAUGGAACUGUGUCAACCUCCACAACAGGUUUAAAAAAGAUCAGAUUAUUCGCCUCUGGUCCUUCCACUCCCAACGCGGGGAGCAGGAGCUCUUCUUUGCUCUCGAAAUCGUUCCGGCUUCGGCUUUGACUCAAGCUCAGGAUCCAUUUCCACUUCCAGCCGCAGCUUCCUCUUCAAGUCCGGCGCCGGCUGCAACUAGAGAUUCUGAAGAGCUAUGUAUAGGUGAAGAAGCUAGCCGCAUCAAGGCCCAAGAGGAGAGGUUCACGAUGCUUACUAACUUUCCAAAGAAGAGGAGAAGUGCUACAGUUCGUGUACCAGCCACAACUAGAGAUUCGGACCAAAACAGAACAUUGGCUCCUGUCGAGGCUGAAGAAGAGACGAGUAUGACGGAUAUGAUGGUGGCGGAAAUCCUUCUCCAAUUAGCAAGUGGCCAAAACAGCUAA